CUCGACCAGUCUUGGUCUUGGUCUCGCCUUAGUGUGUCUUGGUCUUGGACUUGGUCUUGGUAACCUCAAGUCUCGGCAAUGUCUUGGUCUCGGUUUAGGCGGUCUUGACUACAACACUAGUAAACAAGCAUUUGAACUUUACCUCUUGUAGUAAACUAGAGCCAAAUUGGUGGCUUAUUCCGUGAUAUCACCGGAUUAUCUUCAAAUUUAGUAUGCUUAAACGGAGCUACAAACUCCUUUUGAGGUAUGUGGAUACCCUACAGGUGGCUAGAUUCAGGUAGCAUGUUGUAUGUCAAUUAUUACCGACAAGUUCCUUAUUCAUUUGUGUUCUCCGGAACAGAUGCUUCUCUGUCUUUCAUUGCUGAUUGUUCCUCCUUUAGUCUUCUUUUUACGUGCACUGUCACUUUCUGUGCCACAUCAAAGACAAACUCACAAGUGUCACACAGGAUUCUGUCAUGCUUGCAUAUUAUUGAUCGCACACAUCCAGAGAUGGGUGUGGUGAAGCCGUCUGAAAUCUUUGCACACAGUUCUGUUGCCGGGCAAAAUUUUGCAGGGCACCAAGGCCACUAUGGCCUCUGAACAUGGAUUUUCAAAGGGGCAUCAAAGCCAGAAAGAGGGGCAAUGGCGUCCAUGGCCGUCGGUGAAAUUCCUGCCCUGUCACCUGUGAUCUAUUAGGUUGUUUACGGUACAGGUUUAUAUUUGACACUAUGUCAAAUAUAAUUCCAACCUUUGGCAGAAAUCAAAAUAUGAAAUGCAGAAAUCCGUGAACAAUAACUUCCGUGACUGAGUGACGACUCUGCUGAGUCUCAGUUCCUGUUGUGCGGUGUGACAGUGACAGACAGAAGUGGCCAGGAUCUACAAAAGUGCCCGGUCCAGACAGCCCAGGAACCUGUAAACAAAGACCAGGUUCUGGAACUUCGGUGUGAAAGCGCCUAAUGAGGUAAGUAAUAAAACCAACGGGUGCAAACAAUUCAAAGAAGGAGGUAAUUCCAAACUGAGAACAGCUAUGGGCCGCUGGGCUCUGGUCUGUGACAAAUGCAGCCCUCCAGAGCAUGUAGAUGGAAAAGUGCUUUAAAGUCCUCAAUUCAAUGGCUACAUGCUUUUUUUUUUAACUUAAGCACACAGUAGAAUAUGGCCCACAGUUGUAAGUCUAAAUGAUCAGUGCACAUCUCUACUAGUGGUUUAAAAACUGACUGGUAGCUUGUAAACUGAAUUUUGAAUAUAACAUUACUUCUGCUUUUGAUUACAGAGUCGGACUGCAAUACAUGGGAACUGGUUCUUUACAACCCUAAUUGUCUAAGCGAUGGCUCACUCUUCCAAUGAGGAGACCCAGACCUCGCUCCCCGACCUCUUGGAGGAGUACCUGGAGGAGCUCGAUGAUGAAGAGCUAAAGAAGUUUAAAUGGAAACUGAGUCGCACAAAGUAUAAAGAGUUAAAGCCCCUUCCCUGGGGUCAGGUGAAGGGCUUUGAUAUAAUUGACCUCGCCAACAAGAUGAUAGAUUACUACGGUGAAGCUGAUGCUCUCAACGUCAUGAUUAUAAUCCUGAAGAAUACGAACCUGAAUGAACUUGCUCAGAGGCUGAAUGAAGACCUGCAAAAGGGUAAUCAUAUAUUUAAUUAACCUUUCUUGUUUUUU